AUGAAUCACCAAGAAUCGAGAUGCAAUGGAUAUAUCGGCGAAAUGGGCGGGAGUUUCAGUGCAAUUGAUGGUAGACUGACCGAUGUGUUACCUUUUCCCUGGCCAGUGGUUCAAGUAGCUCCAGGCGAGUUCUAUACGGUGCGUGAGGUCGAGGAAAACGGAUGGUGUCUGCCAGCUCGAGUACCAGCCAAGAUCCCCGCCGUUCCUGAUCAUCCAGCAAGCCCUGGUACCCAAACGGGCCCAGUUUCAUCACUCAAGUCGGUGAGAUCUAGUUUGAAAAGACCGGCACCCAGCAGUCCAGUACAACAUGUUAACAAGCGAGUUGCAACGUCUCAAACAAGUACCGGAACAGUACCACUUGAUGGGCCCAAUCAAGUCUAUUCCCCUCUUAAUCCGAGUAUUGGGUUUUCCACCUCUUUGGCUUCUACUAGCAAUGGUGCGGUAACCAAGAUGACCAACAUAUCUGAAGUGGCUCAGUGUCCCAACUUCUGGGCGAUGCCGGUGCACGCGCUGUACGAGUGGCGAAGGCAUGUCAACAUCCUUGAUCGCACCAUUCUGGGGUAUUACGAGCAAGCUUUGGAUGAGGCGGAGAAGGAUUUGGACCGAGCGGCAUCUGAGCCCGAUGUUCUUGACACAUCCAUUGUAACUCCUUCUGGACGACCCUCAGCUCCCCGAUCUGGUCGCAAACGCUCGGUGAAAGAUGAGACUCCGGCUCCAGGCGGAUCUGUUACCAAGCUGAUUACCGAGAAAGAGCAAGAAUCAUUUUAUCACAAACCAACACUUUAUAACACAAAUUUUAGAAUCAUUAGAAAAGCACUUGACCUUUUUAAACUGAAUCACCAGCCGAUAACUUUAGAAUUAGAAAAUAUCUGUCUAGACCAAUACUAUCUCUCUCUAUAG